CCACCCGGGAGCCUGAAUGAGGCCUCCACUCUAAGGACGCACUGCAGUCCCUUUGGCAGUCCCACUCUCCUUUGGAAAGAUGUCGGACACAGCAGUCGCUGACACUCGGCGCCUUAACUCGAAGCCUCAGGACCUGACGGACGCUUACGGGCCGCCAAGUAACUUCCUGGAGAUCGACAUCUUUAAUCCUCAGACAGUGGGCGUGGGCCGCGCGCGCUUCACCACCUAUGAGGUUCGCAUGCGGACAAACCUACCUAUCUUCAAGCUGAAGGAGUCCUGCGUACGGAGGCGUUACAGUGACUUUGAGUGGCUGAAAAAUGAGCUGGAGCGAGACAGUAAGAUUGUAGUACCGCCACUGCCAGGGAAAGCCUUGAAGCGGCAGCUCCCUUUCCGAGGAGAUGAAGGGAUCUUUGAAGAAUCUUUCAUUGAAGAAAGGAGGCAGGGCCUUGAACAGUUUAUUAACAAAAUUGCUGGGCACCCACUGGCUCAGAACGAACGCUGCCUACACAUGUUCCUGCAGGAGGAGGCAAUUGACAGGAACUACGUCCCUGGGAAGGUGCGCCAGUAGGAGCCCCUCUCACCACUUGCCCUCUACUUUCCUGCUGAAAUGACAUUGGUUUUUACACUAAGCCCCUCUCUCUUUGAUCUGAAGUUGGCUGCCCAUCCCUUGGCCUGAUAGACUAUCUGGCAUUGUGCUCCUUGGUACCUGACUACACCAUGUGGGCAUUCUGCUAGGAUCCUCUUCUCUGAGGAGGUGUGGGAAACCAUAGGCAGAUGUCCUUGCUUGGGGUUGGGAGGUGGGGAUAUUGGACUGGAAGGCAAUUUUGGGGCCAUUUACCCAUGCCAGAAGACUAACUUUAGGGGAAGGGGGUCUUGUUCUGGUGAGGCACUUGGACAUACUGCUGCUGCAAGUCCAGGGGAUUUUUAUUACUCUUAGGUUUAACCAGGAACACUGAACAGGGAAAAACCCUGCCUUUCCUGCCUGCAUGAACUUUUUCAUUUUUGGGAAGGUGGUAAAGACCCAGAAGCUCUCCUUUUUUCUUCUCCAGGCCUGCUCCCAGUUUUCUUAACAGUUUCUUUUAUUCAUUUCUCUCUCUUUGUCUUACUGCUUUUCAUGGCAGUAAUCCUUCUAGAGUCCAAGCAUUGUGUUGUAUGGAGCAAGGUUUGUGGGUUUUCUGGGCCCAUCAUCAUGGCUGCCUCAGAGUCAGAAGAAAGCCAUAGGGCAGUAAGGGAGCUCCUAGUGCCUAACCCCUCUCGUUUUGUGGCUUCCCAUUCUGGCGGCCCACUCAUGAGUGGGUGAGUUAAUAUGGGCCAGCAGUACUCCCUGCCCAAGGCCUUGCUACUUUGUAGGUUUGGUGGCAUAAUGGGUGGGGGUAACUCACCACUGCCACGUAGCUCUAGGACCCAUGGGGGUUGAUUAUGUUCUGGGUUCCUCCCAGUGGUAGGGAAGGGCAUCACCACUCUUCCAUUCUCCUUCCCCCCACCACCAUCCAUUUGGUGCUGCCACUGGGCAGAAGCACAUGAACAAACCACACAGUCUCUUGACUUCUCACUAAGCACUUUGAGCUGUUGAAUUGGGUUCAGAGGCAAGAGUUGUCACUACCUUCCCUAGCUUGGUCACAGGGUUAUUGAACUGCCUGCACUUGUUUUCCAUACAACCCCAGCAUUUUCCUCAGGAGUUGAACUAGUGGCUGGAUAUGAAUUUCCUAAAUCUUAGAAUCUGAAGCAGCUUCUUGAGGCUGGCAGCUGUCCUGCGCCUCUGUCUGGGAGGAGAUAGUUUGUUUGUUGGAGCCUGAUUUCUGUACCAAGUGGUGGGAUGACAGCAAGUUAACUCUGGUGCCAGAUGAAAGGCUCUUUGAUUAGACUCCUUAUCACAGAAGGAUUAGAGUUUUCUAUAUAGGACCUUGGGGAAAAGGAUUGCUGAUUUCUACAUGACCCUGAUCAGAGAGAUUAAGGUUGGAUUUUGAUAUGGAUUUGGAGCCCAUCUAAAUGUUGAAAUGCCCUGAGAUAGCUCUCCAGCUGCGUGCCUGUGCCAGGGGCUGAGCAGCCCCCAGAGAGAGGCUCUGCUCCCUUUCCCACCUCGCCAACGUUGGUGUUGUUGCUGCCUCCUUUUUGAUUUGUAUCCUCUGUUAUAGACUUUUUUUAAAAAAAAAAAAAAAAAGAUUCCUUCUUUCAUUGUGCACAAGUACUGAGAGUCCGGGGCCCCAUUUCUGCUGUGUAUAUAUCCUGACUCGGGGCUUUUUUCAGCAAACUGUUCAUUCUUCUGUCAGACAAUGUCAUACUCAACUCUGUUCAUAUUAAACCACUGUGAAGCAAG